CCCACGCCACGCCCCCUCCGCCAGCGCCAUGUCUGGGAGGAAGACAAGGAAGGAAGAAGAAGGGAAAUGAGGAUUCUACGGAGUCACCUCUCAGGGUGAUGAUCUUGCUGAAUUCUUGACCUCACUUGCAGAUAAGAAAGGAAAAAGCAGAGCAACGUAUCUGUAUUGCAAUUCAACACCCAUAUCACUGCUGACAUGAAGGAGAAAGCUUCCAAAGGCCUGGAGUGUGAAAAGGGUUUCACAUGGAGGGAUCAUCUCCAGCACAAUGAAAAGACUCAUACUGGGGAGGAGCAUAAACAUCAAAGAACUCACACUGAGGAAAAACCCUAUAAAUGCCUGGAGUGUGGACAGAGCUUCACUCAUAAUUCAAGUCUACAUUCACAUCAAAGGAUUCACACUGGGGAGAAACCCUAUAAAUGCAUGGAAUGUGGACAGUGCUUCAAUCACAGUUCAAAUCUACGUCGGCAUGAAAGGAUUCACACUGGGGAGAAACCCUAUAAAUGCCUGGAGUGUGGACAAAGCUUCACUCGGAGUUGGACUCUACAAACACAUCAAAGGACUCACAGUGGGGAGAAACCCUAUAAAUGCCUGGAGUGUGGACAGAGCUUCACUGAGAAUUGCAGUCUACGUUCGCAUGAAAGGAUUCACAGUGGGGAGAAACCCUAUAAAUGCAUGGAAUGUGGACAAAGCUACACUCAGAGUUCAGGUCUACGUAAGCAUCAAAGGACUCACAGUGGGAAGAAACCCUAUGAAUGCUUGGAGUGUGGACAGAACUUCACUCAUAAUUCAGGUCUACGUUCACAUCAAAGGAUUCACAGUGGGGAGAAACCCUAUGAAUGCUUGGAGUGUGGACAGAACUUCACUCAUAAUUCAGGUCUACGUUCACAUCAGAGGACUCACGCUGGAGAGAAACUCUAUAAAUGCCCGGAUUGCGAACAGAGCUUCACUCAUAACUCAAGUCUGCGUUCACAUCAGAGGACGCACACUGGGGAGAAGCCCUAUAAAUGCUGGGAGUGUGGAAAGAGUUUUACUGUGAGCGGACAUCUACGUUCGCAUCAAAGAAUUCACACUGGGGAGAAACCCUAUAAAUGCUGGGAGUGUGGAAAGAGUUUCACUGAGAGUGGAAGUCUACGAUCGCAUCUCAGGACUCACACUGGGGAGAAACCCUAUAAAUGCCUGGAAUGUGGACAGAGCUUCACUCAGAGUUCAGGUCUACGUUCACAUCUCAGGACUCACACUGGGGAGAAACCCUAUACAUGCCUGGAAUGUGGGCAGAGCUUCACUCAGAGUUCAGGUCUAUAUACACAUCAAAGGAUUCACACUCAGUUGAAACCCUUUAAAUGCCUUGAAUGUGAACAGAGCUUCACUCGUAAUUCAAGUCUACAUACGCACCAAAGUACCCACACUAGGGAGAAACUCUAGAAAUGCCUGGAGUAUGGAAAGAGUUUAUUUAAGAGAUGAAAUCUACAUACACCCUGUAUACUAGUUUGUCAUGGCACACCGUUAGGAAAGCUCCGAUCUGAGCCGUACAGAGGCAAUAAUCAUUAAUGCAGAAAAAUAUUAUUGGGAUAUUUUUUAUGAUAUUGUGGUGCUUUUGCAGAAAGGCAAGAAAAUAUUGGACUCAAAUGCAUAUGAUACUAGAUGAAAAAUGUACAGUUUAGAUUUACAAUGAAACCCAAGUUUUGUUUCAUAGGAAUACUGGACAGUCGUCUAGAAACAACAUUUGGAAGAGAACAUCUGUUUUCAGGUGGAAGACGGCCCUGGUCAGGGUUGCCUUAACAUGCCUAUCUGUUGGCACGUUUCUCCCUUUCGCCCUCCAUUCGUGCCUCUUCUAAUUUGGCAGCACUGCUGGUCACAGCUGACCUCCAGCUAGAGCUCUCAAGGGCCAGGGCUUCACAGUUCUCAGUGUCUGUGCCACAGUUUUUGAGGUUGGCUAUAAGCCCAUCUUUAAAUCUCUUUUCUUGUCCACCAACAUUACAUUUCCCAUUCUUAAAUUGGGAGUAGAGUAACUGCCUUGGGAGACAAUGAUCGGGCAUUUCGACAACAUGGCCAGCCCAGCAGAAUUGAUGGUGUAGGAGCAUCGCUUCAGUCCUGGUGGUCUUUCCUUCUUCCAGCACACCGACUUUUGUUGUUGUGAAAAUACGCAAAAACAACUGUCAGCGUAUUCAUGGCUGUAAUCACUGGGUUGUUGUGUGUUUUCUAAGCUGUAUGGACAUGUUCCAGAAGGAUUUUCUCCUCACAACCUCUGAGGAUGCCUGCCACAGAUGUAGGCAAAACAUCAGGAGAGGAUCAAAUGUCAUUGUGUUUUCACAACAACAGCAACAGGGGCAAAUGUCAGUUGUUGGAUUUAUGAAUUAGAAGAGUGUUGCUAAAAGCAGAAGUGUACUUAUUAAGGGUUAUCUAUGGUGAAUAGAAUAAUAAGAGAUACAAUUAACUCAGUUUGAAGAUCUUAGAAUUACUCCCAAGUCUGUCUGUUUGUUUGUUUGUUUUGGAAAAUGGAAGUCUCUAUAACCUUUUGGAGAUUUUAUGAUCUUUGGAAAGGCAUGACUUUGUUAGACCUUGUUAGAAGUCAUGACCUUUUGAAAAAUGAUGCCAUAACCUCUUGAUAAAAAGCAUGACCUGUUAGAGCAGUUUGUUCUCUCCUGUGGUCCGUGGACCACCAGUGAUCCGCAAUAACUGAAAUAUGGUCUGUGGCCUCACUGUUACUGCUACAGAUAAUAACACAGCACCACCCUGCUUUUUUAGGCCUGUUCCUGGAGGUAUUUGGAGUGCUGAUUCAGAAAAUUGCAUUGGAUAAACCACAUCAGCUCUAGAUUAUUCGAUAAGGUUGUGGGAAAGCAGAUAGGGACUCUUGGAUGGCAUAUGUUCUGUAUCAAAAACUAGAGCUGAUUUGGUCUACCCAAUGCAAUUUUCUGAAUCAGCCCCACAAAUAAACAAGCCGAGUCUAAAAUUGACCAAAAACUGAUUCAUAACCCUUUUGGUACUAAUGUUGGAGAGUGGUCCUUGGUCAAAGUGGUCCCUGGUUAAAAAAAAAAGUUGGGAACCA